GAUUUUAAUUCAUUGGGGUUUUUUUUCCUAAUCAGACACAUGAAGGAGAUUCAGGCCUUGCAGUCCCGUCAGAGGGAGGAGAUAGAGUCUCUGUUUGUCCGUUUAGGGAAACCACCUCCUCCGUCUGUCUUCUCCCCUGCAGUGGGCAUGAUUGCAGGCCGGCGUCGGCUGAAAAGCAAGACUUACAAAUCCAGUCGCAGCAGUGGUCAGCCGAGUCCCAAUCACACUGGGUCUCCUUCAAAGCAAAGACCUCCCACAUCUGAGUUCGUAGGAGCAGGACUAGAGACGUUACAAACAGACGAGUUAACAGUACAGCAAAUCCAUUUCUCUCCAUCCAUGCCAAGCCUCAGUGACUACAAAGCAGGUAUGUGCCAGGACAAGGUCCAGUAAGAAGCUCAAAAUAAG